CAGUCUCCGGCCAAUCAGGGUGCGGACGAGGUCACAGUCAGGAAGUAACUAGUGUAUAUAUAUGUUGCAAAAGUUAAUACUACGUAAUAUAACUAUAUAUAUUCAUAGUUUAUGCAUACCAACAACUCGAGUUUUUAUACGUGAGUUAGUGCAUGAGUGUCAUAUUCUCGUUCCCGUCAUUGUCGUUUUCCCCGAUAAAAAGGUCACUAACAAAUUUCCCUGUCAUCCUCUCAGCCAACCAGCAUAAACAAAACACCACCUGUAAACACACCUGAGUUUACUCAUUUUUAUUUUAUUAAUAUAUUUAUAAUAAUCAUAAUAAUAAUAAUAACAACAAUUUUAAUUUAUCAGGUGAGGAAAAUUAUAUAAAUUUUAAUUUAUUUAUUGGAGUACUUAAAGAAAUAAUUUAUUUUAUGUUGCUAGUGAGUUAAUAUUAAAAAGGAAGAGAGAGAAAGUUUGAAUAAAAUAUAUAAAUAUAAAUUGUAUGACUAAAGUGAACUCCCGGUGUUGCUUUCCGUGAUCACUGUGUCGUGCUGAGAGUGAUAAAAGUCUAAGGGGAUAUCCUACAAGCACACUAUUUAUAAUAGUAAUAAUAAUUAUUAUUAUUAAUCAUUAAGUGCUACGCAGAUUAAUUGAACGUAAUGACGAUGUAACGACAAUGACUCCUUGGUAACUGUCAGUGUUUAAAUUUAAAAGGGUUAAAAAAUAAAUUAAAAAGUUAAUCGGGUUAAAUAAUUUAAAAUUGUUGGUAUAAAAGUUUUUCAAUCAUGUAUAGACAAAGUGUUCGAUAAAAGUUAAUUGGAUUGUCAGGAAGUAUUUUUUUUAUCAUCAUACUGAAGAUCAGAAGUAGUGAAAUCAGUAUCAAGAUCAAGAUCACGAUCUUGAGUAGAGUAGAGGAUUUCUAAUAGUGGAUAUCGUGGUCUAGUGGAUCACGAUAAGAGAUAAGAUUUAAAAUUUGAACUGUUUAAAGUUUUGAGGAGAUUUUAAAUAAGAUACGGGUGAGUGUAAGACGUCGGUUAAUUCGCCGCUGUGGCUACUGGCCGCAGCGGUGCCGUCAACAACGCAGACACUUUAAAAUUUAAAGGUUUUUUUGGUGAAAAGUCCUCGAUUUUUUUGGGUACUGGUUUACAGCAAACGGACGACAGUAUUAUUUAUUAUUUUAGUGAUAAUAAAUUAAGUUAUUUAUCAACAUGGCGGAUCUUGAAGCUGUUCUCGCUGAUGUCAGCUAUCUUAUGGCUAUGGAGAAGAGUAAAUGUACUCCAGCAGCACGAGCUAGCAAGAAAAUAGUCCUUCCAGAUCCUAGUGUAAGGAGUGUUAUGCAUAAAUAUCUAGAGAAGAAAAGUGAAGUUAACUUUGAUAAAAUAUUUAAUCAAAUGUUAGGUUAUCUUUUAUUUAAAGACUUUUGUGAGACUGUAUCAGAGGAACCAGUUCCUCAGCUUAGGUUUUAUGAAGAGAUAAAGGCGUAUGAAAAACUAGAAUGCCCAGAAGAAAGAAGAAAACUUGCACGAGAGAUAUACGACAACUUUAUAAUGAAAGAACUCCUGGCGCAUUCACAUGAAUACUCAACAGAUGCUGUCUCUCAUGUACACAAAUAUCUAAUGAAGAACGAGGUGCCUGUUAAUUUGUUUGAGCCAUACAUCGAGGAAAUUUUCAAUCAUUUAAGGGGCGAGCCGUUCCAAAAGUUCCUGGAGAGUGAAAAGUACACGCGUUUUUGCCAAUGGAAAAAUCUCGAGCUAAAUAUUCAGUUGACAAUGAACGACUUCAGCGUGCAUCGCAUAAUAGGAAGGGGCGGGUUCGGCGAGGUUUACGGAUGCCGCAAGGCCGAUACUGGAAAAAUGUAUGCGAUGAAGUGUCUCGAUAAAAAACGUAUCAAGAUGAAGCAGGGUGAGACACUUGCACUCAACGAGAGGAUAAUGUUAUCUCUAGUCAGCACCGGGCAAUACUUCCAGGUGGAUUGUCCAUUUAUUGUCUGUAUGACGUACGCCUUCCACACACCCGACAAAUUGUGUUUCAUCUUAGACCUGAUGAAUGGCGGUGAUUUGCAUUAUCACUUGAGCCAACACGGUGUUUUCAAUGAACCUGAGAUGAAAUUCUACGCCGCGGAAGUUAUUCUUGGUCUCGAGCACAUGCACCGACGAUUUAUUGUCUAUCGAGAUCUUAAACCAGCAAACAUUUUGCUUGAUGAACACGGACACGUUAGGAUAUCUGAUCUUGGUCUUGCAUGUGAUUUUUCGAAGAAGAAACCGCACGCGAGUGUCGGUACCCAUGGAUAUAUGGCCCCCGAGGUGCUGUCAAAAGGAACAACAUACGAUUCUAGCGCUGAUUGGUUUUCCUUUGGUUGCAUGAUGUACAAACUGCUAAAGGGUCACAGUCCGUUCAGGCAGCAUAAGACUAAGGACAAACAUGAAAUUGAUCGAAUGACAUUGACGACGAAUGUCGAGUUGCCAGAUACGUUUUCACGUGAAUUACGUUCACUUUUGGAGGGUCUAUUGCAACGCGAUGUCAACAGCAGGCUCGGAUGUCGCGGCGCUGGCGCUGAUGAAUUAAAAGAACAUCCGUUUUUCAAUGGAAUUGAUUGGCAGCAGGUUUAUAUGCAGAAAUAUACACCCCCGUUAAUACCACCCAGGGGGGAAGUUAAUGCUGCGGAUGCAUUUGACAUCGGUUCGUUUGAUGAAGAAGAUACUAAAGGUAUAAAAUUAACAGACGCUGAUCAAGAUCUUUACAAAAAUUUCCCACUCGUCAUUUCCGAAAGAUGGCAAGCUGAAGUCGCUGAGACUGUUUUCGAAACAAUCAACAUUGAAGCUGACAAGAUGGAAAAUAAAAAGAAAGCUAAACAAAAGCAACGAUUUGAUGCUGAUGAAAAAGGGUCUGAUUGUAUACUCCAUGGUUACAUUAAAAAACUUGGUGGUCCAUUUGCUAGUGCAUGGCAAACACGUUAUGCCAAAUUAUACCCUAAUAGACUAGAAUUACAUCCAGAAUCAACAACAAAGCCCGAGCUCGUCUUCCUAGAUCAAGUAGAAGAAGUAAGUGCUGAUUUACAGCAUGUUAAAGGGGAACAGUGUAUUGUCGUACGUACUCGUGAUGCUAAAAUAGUCCUCACUAAUCCCGAUGAAAUCAGUUUGAAAGAAUGGGCACUGUCGUUAAGAUCAGCGCACAAAUGUUCCAUGGAGAUGUUAGGUAAUAUGGCGCGAAAAGCUGGAAAAAUAUAUGGCACAGAACGUGAUCCAGUGAUUCCACCGAUGCAGCGGUCAACAAAUGGCAACUAGCGCCCUUUAUUAAUUAAUAAUUUAAAUAAUAAAUUAAUAAUAAAUAAAUAAAUAAAUAAAAUAAUAGGUAACAGCGAAAUAAAAACAAGGAAAAAUAUGACUCAUUGUCCCACUGCCCCGCAGCAGCGAAAUCAGCAGCAGCAAAUUUUUUUAUACCAUCAGAAUUAAGAAAAAAAAAAGAAAAUAAAAAAAAAAUUAACGAUUAAAAAACAAGGCACAAUUACUUUAUUAUUUUUAUUUAGAUUUAAAUCAAGACAUGAGUAUUUAAAUUUUUUUCCUUUGCAGCGAAUAAAAUAAUAACAAUAAUAAUUAAAAUAAUAAUAAUAAUAAAAAUGUCCCAAAUUGUAACGACGAUUAGCGUCGUGUUGUAUAGACUCUAGUGUAGUAGAGAUAUAUUGCAUUGUGGAGUAAAAAAUAAAAUAAUCUGCGGUACAAAAAAAAUAAUUAAAAAAAAAAAUGUCAUUGACAUAAUUCGUAUGUACCAAACAGCAAUUUAAUAUAAUAUACUAAAAUAAAAUGCAAUGUACGUUCAUAUGUGUGUACUUAGGUCGUUACUUGUAUCAAAUUGUGUUAUAUAUACGUAUAUGUAUAUAUAUAUAUGUAUAUGUAUAUAUAUAUACAGAUAUAUUUGUAUGUUCGUAGUUAUGUGAGCAGUGUGGCAUGUAGCAAUUAGUUAAUUGAGCCACGUUGUAAAAUUGAUCAACACAAUUAAGAGAAAACGAAUGAAUAAAAAAAAAUACGAAAUACAAAAAAAAAAUAAUAAAUCGACGGUAAAAAAAAUACGCCCACUAGAAUCAUUAUUAAUUAUUAAAAAAAUAAAAAAAAAUAAAAAUAAGCGUAACUUAUAAUUCGAUGCAUAACUAAAUGCGAAUUAUAAAUAUUCGAGUAUGAAAGUGAGAAAAAAUGAGCGAGUGACAUGACACAUAACACAGAAAUAAUAAUAAACUAAUUUUAUUUGUUUUUACUUAAUUUAUUAAACUAAAACAUGAAUAUUAAUAAUAAUAAUAAAUCAAGUUUUUUCUAUUUCCAAUUAUAUGAAAUAAAAAAAAAAUAAACGAUAAUAAACGUUACAAUAGGAUACUUGGUAUUUAUUACGUAUCCAUGAAAAACAUAAUUAUAAUAUAAUUAAUAAUAGUAAAAUUCAUUUGUAUAUUGACAGAAAAAUAAAAUAAAAAAUUAACGAUA